AUGGCAACACAACCAGGCUCAGCUGUUGGUAUGGCUGAAAGUUAUAAUGAAAACUCUGAUCCUCAACUUGCUAUCAUUAGUUUAAUGAUACCUUAUAUUCAUAUGGGUAUUGAUGAAUUAGAUAUUUCAUCAUCUUCACCAUUGAUUAUUGCUGAUUUUGGCUCAUCUCUUGGAAAAAAUUCAAUAAUAGCUAUGAAAAUAUUUCUAAAAUAUCUUCAACAAACAAAUAAACUUGUUACAUCACCACUUAUCGUUCAUAAUGAUCUUCCAACAAAUGAUUGGACAACACUUUUUCAACU